AUGUCAAUAUGCAACCCCGGAAAAAAACAAACAAACAUACAUCCCAGUCUUAGUCCUCUCUCCCCUAGCCCAGGGGAAAGUCUUUGGGAUUCAAGAAGAAGAUGUGCAAAAAAGAGGCCCCCAAUGCAGCUGGUGCUAGAGACCUGGGUCAGGCUGAGUCAUGAGGAAUGUCAAGUUGAUGCUCAGAAAGGCCCGCCUCUUUCUACUCGGCAGCUUCAUGGUGACCGUGGCUCAUAUGUCGACGUCUCAAGUCCUGCUCUGGGGGUGAGGACACAGACAGGCUGUUCACAGGCAGACACGUGGUCGAUCUUUGCCAACAGUCUGGGGUCCUGGUCACAGGAGAAGAGUCUUGGGGGAGAUCCUAAAUUUCUCCUCCAUCAUCAUUUUGUUUGGAUUCAGUCUCCUUCUCACUGGUUUGACCCCAAGCGACAGUGA